CAGUCGUAUUUUUUUUCCCUUCCAAACGGAACCCACCAUUCCGUCCAACUUUCCGCUGCUGCUCCACCGCGGCGUGAACUUGCUCCUGCGCCACUUCACCACCAUAGCUCCAGUCCAAAGACCGGCUGCUGUGUCGUCGCUGCUCGGCCUUGUCCCGAUCGUCCUUGCUCCAGAGCUCUCCUCGAUCUCAGCUCACCGCGUGGGACUAAGCCUCGUUCGCUGCUUUUGGAGCUCAGCCACAAGCGCCGUCGCUCUUCAGGCCCAACAGGUCACUGCUCCCCUCCAGCAGGCAAGCGAUCGUGGUUACCGCGUUGGCCCUGUCCGUCUGCUCCAGCCUCAACGCGCCGCUCACUUUUGGCGCAAGUUUCCAUCGUUCUCCAUCUCUGCAUCGUCUCGAGCGUCCGUUGGAUUCAAGCACAGGCAGCCGUUGCCGUCGCCUCCCAUCAUGAACGUGGAUCGUAGUAACUUUGCCUCUGUCCUGCCGCUGGUCAAGCAGGCAAUCGCCAAGUGCGAUUUCGUGGCCAUCGACGCCGAGUUCACCGGACUCCACAGCGAGCGGGCGGCGGCUUCCAAUCACUUCGAUACGCUGGCGGAACGCUACGCCAAAGUGCGGCGAUCGGCUUCGCAGUUUGGUGUGCUGCAAUACGGCGUGUGCGCCUUCCGCUGGCUGCCCGAGCGCCAUACAUACGAAGCCCAACCGUUCAACUUUUACGUGUUUCAGCGUCCGGCGACGCGCGAGUCGCCCGAUGCGCAGUUCCUGUCCCAGGCUUCGUCGAUCGAAUUUCUCAUUGACAACCACUUUGAUUUCACCCGCUCGUUCAAGACUGGCAUCACAUUUAUCAAUCGGACCGAAGAAGUGGCGCUCCAAGAGGCAUACUUUGACCUGGCCACCAAACAGCACCACUUCCGUCAAGUCGCCAUCAAGAAUGAGGCUGCUAAAGCCGCCACCGCCGCCGCCGCCACCGCCACCGCCACCGCAGUAGCAGCAGCAACAGCAACAGCAUCCUCUCUUAACCAAGACGCCGCAACGCCAAUGGUAGAGUCAGCCGCAACGGAAACUCCCGUCCCAGCUGCUCCGCUCUCUCGCGACGAAAAAAACAAAAUCCUCCUGCAAUCCAUCAUGGACACUGUUGCAAAGUGGAUGGCUGAGCCAGCAGAGCCCACGCUACUUCUUCCAGUUUGCACAAGUUACAUGCGGCGCCUAGUGUACCAAGCAUUUGAGCAGAAAUACCCGGUCGGCUUUCUUGUCGAGUCGAUCGAUCCGACCGACCCUGCACCACCCGGACACAAGGCGAUGACCAUCACUCGAGGCACGGCCGAGGAGAAGGCUCAACGGCAAGAGGCACGAACGCAAGCGCAGUUGGCUGCGCAACAAGAAAUCAAGGCUCUGGCUGACGAAAUGAUGCACCAGGCCAUUGGUUUCCGUCACGUCAUUGAUUGCAUUUCCGAGCACAAAAAGCUUGUCGUGGGACACAACAUGUUGCUCGAUCUGGCGCACACCUUUGACAAGUUUAUUGGUGACCUUCCCGAACAGCUCGACGAUUUCAAAAAUCAGUUUGCCCAAGUCUUCCCGUAUGUGGCAGACACAAAGCAUCUUGCGUCCUCUUCCGAGCUCGGAGGGAGGUUUGAGUCUACCGCUCUGGCGGAUCUUGUUCGCACGCUCUUGUACGAAAGCGACUCGGCUCCCAUCAACGUGGAACUCCCGGAUGAGUUCAACGCCUACCCUCUGCAGCCCGUGAGCUCGAGCGCCGCCGCGGCCGGUGCGCAGCCCAACGAGCGGCUGCACGAAGCAGGCUACGACGCUUACAUUACUGGUUUGGGAUUUGUUGCUCUUGCGCACAAGCUUGCCCAUCUGCGGUCGGAGCGUAUCGCCCAGAACUCGGCCUUGGGCCCGCUGCUCGGCCAUUUGGCGGCCCCCAACAACAACCCCUCAGACUCUGCGACACCACCGAAAGCGUCCCCUCAAGAAACCGACUCGGUUGACAUGAAUCAGGAGCCGGACACGAGCCGUCCUGCGGCCGCGAAUGUGGAACAGUCCAUCCUCGAGCAGUCGCGUCCCAAGGGCGGUCUGGCCCUGAUUGGACCUUCCACGCCCGCGAUGGCGCCGUACAUCAACAAGCUUCACGUGAUGCGCAGUGACUAUCGUUGCUUGGACCUGGCCUCGCCCGAUGUGUAUAUUCCUCGUCCACGCAUGCUGUUUGUGCAUGGCUUUCCUGACUCUUGGCGCGAGUCCAACGUACGCCAAGUUUUCAACAAUGCGCAAUUGGGUACGCGCAGCGUCGGCUUGCUGACUCGCACCAGCGCGCUCGUGGCUAUCGAUGAAGGGGUCAGCAUCGAGCGCAUCACUGCAGUCGUCGAGGCGACGCGUCAGCACCAGAAUGCUCAGCAGCAACGUCGCGCAGCGCUCGAUGCUCAAGUUCAUUUGCACCCUCCAGGCCUUCUUGGUCCGCCCCCGGCUGGUCUGAUGAUGGCCGUGGAUUCACCUGCUCGCGGAUCCCCUGCCGUCGCUCGCCACAAUAGCAGCAGCGUGCCUUCGACGCCAACUGGAGCCUCUGCACCUUCCAAUGGUGCUGCAGACGCAGCAGCGUCCUCGGAUUCCUCAGUGCUUCCCUUUUUUAUUCUCACAUUUUCGGAAUACCAGCAAUACAAGCUCAACGCCGAAGCCACCGCCGUUGCAGAGCAACAACAGUUCAAGCUCGAGCAGGAACAGCGCCAAGCCGCCCAUUUGCGCAGCUUUUCCCUGGAGCCAGCUUCGUUUAUGGCUCCGGCUGCUGCUUCCAGCGGGUCUGGAAUCUUUUCCACCCCGCGACCGGCAGGAGUUCGUCGUGCUGCGACCGACGCAGACUCGGCUUCCAAGCGUUUCAAGCAAAGCUGAGCGUUUUGUCGUUUGUACGUGUUUUUUUACUGUUUUCUUUUUUUUUUGUUUCAACAGUCUCGUCAUUUGAAAAGUUUUCCAAACUACACCCGAAUGAAACCCAAUACAACUAC